AUGUCAAUGUCAUAAAACACAUGUUCAUGUUAAUUUCAUCAUUGAUUUUGUUAAUUUAAUCUGUAUUGAUUUUGGCUAAAAAUUUAUUAAAAAUUCAACGUACUACAAUUUAUAGUCUCGAGUAAAAAUGUCGGAUGUGCCAGACCUAAGCAGCGAUGAAGAAAACUUUGAAGAAGAUGACUGGCAGGAGAUGGAAACAAGUAACACAAUGGUGAGAUGUUUGUUUUGCUCCGAAGUCUUGUCCACUGUGGAAUUAGCAUUAAAACAUUGCGAAUCGGUUCACAACUUUAAUUUGAACAGUUUAAAAGUAAAAUUCAACAUGGAUUGUUAUUCAUACAUUAAAUUGAUUAACUACAUCAAAACACAUAACCCUAAAUCGGAGGAACUUAUGAAUUCUUCCAAACCUCUAUGGGAUGAUGAAAAAUACAUGAAGCCCGUUGACAACGAAGUCGAUGAGUGGUUGAUGUUCGAUUUUGACUCUCUAAUUGAUAAUCCAAGCUCUCCCAAGACAUACCAUGCCAAUGUAGAAAAUGGCUUAGUGACUCUUUCCCAAGCCCACUUCAUUGAACUACAAAGAACCAUUCAAGCUUUGACAGAGCAGCUUAAUGAGAGUAAUACACACCUACAACUGGCAAAAGAGGAUAUAAACAAAAUGCAGGAAUCAAUGAAAGCCCUUGUUGAUGGCGGCCAGACGAGCAAUAAUGGUAAUGGUGACAACCAUAUUAUAAAUUGUGUUUCUAAAGUGCCUUUAGAAGAUGAUGAAGGAUACUUCAACACUUAUGCUCACUUUGGUAUUCACUAUGAUAUGCUAUCUGAUAAAGUUCGCACAGAAAGUUAUCGGGAUGCAAUAUUGAAAAAUAAAGACACAAUACAAGAUAAAGUUGUAUUGGACCUUGGAUGUGGAACGGGUAUUCUUUCAAUGUUUUGUGCUACAGCUGGAGCUAAGAGAGUGUAUGCAUUAGAUCAGUCCGAAGUAAUUUAUCAUGCAAUGGAUAUAAUCAGAGAAAACAACUUGCACCAUGUUAUAAAAACAAUUAAGGGUCGGCUAGAGAAUACUAAUCUUGAAGAGAAGGUAGACAUUAUUGUAUCUGAAUGGAUGGGAUACUUUUUGUUAUUUGAAGGAAUGUUAGAUAGUGUUAUUUAUGCAAGAGAGCACUGUUUAAAACCUGGUGGUUUGUUGCUGCCAAAUAAAUGUAAUAUAAGUUUGGUAGCAAGUGGAGAUGUUGACACACAUAAGAAGCUUAUUGAGUACUGGUCAGAUGUUUACGGGUACAAAAUGAACUGUAUGAAAUCUGAAGUGGUAAGAGAAGCAAGCGUUGACAUUGUAGGCUCAAAACAUAUAAUAUCAGAGGCCUGUGUGGUUAAGGAAAUAGAUAUAAACACUUGUAAUACGGACAUCAUGGACUUCACUUCUCAAUUUAGGCUACCAAUAACAAGAGAUGGUUCUCUGACAUCACUAGUUGGAUAUUUUGAUACAUUUUUUGAUUUACCGCAUAGUGUGUCUUUCUCAACUGGACCUGAAACUACACCAACACAUUGGAAACAAACUGUCUUUUAUUUUAAAGAUUGUAAGUCUGUGAAACAGGGUGAUGUCAUUGAAGGAACUAUUAUAUGCAGCAGACAGAAAACAGAUGCUCGGGCUUUAUCCGUUCAAAUUAAUGUGUUUGGCAAAAAUCACAAGUACAUUUUAAGUUAAGUGUCCAAUAAGUGUAUAUGUUGUAAAUAAGUUUAAUUUUAUACGUUUAGUUUGAUAUUUAAGCCUUUAAAGAUCUGUGUAAAGGUUUAUACUGUUUAUUCCCAUUUCUAUCUUGAAAUAAAAGGCAUGUUCUACGAAAA